AUGCCAGAGGGCUGGGAUGGUACCAUCAAAGAUCCAGAUGAAGUCCUCUAUGAGAUAUCCAAAAAGGAGGAUGAGAUGCUUUAUCAAGAAUUUGUUCAGAGGUUUAACUUCAACAAAAUGAAAUUCGCAGGAAAGGUGAAAUGCCACAAGUACAGUAGGCGGCGUCCUUCUGAGGGUUGGAACUUCACAGUGGAGAAACUGGGAAAAAAGGGAAGCGUGGAAGUGGUGGUGGUUGGAAGUUUGUAA